UAACUCUCCUCCCCUCCAGGGCCAGACCUUCACACCUAAAGGCAGGGCUGCAUCUCAGAAUGUUUGGAUCCACACUCCAGGACGUGGGGCCGCGUACCUAUAAAGCUGGAAAUGAGCUUGCACAGCUAACCCUCACUCCAUACCCUUUCCAGAGCCCCUUUUCAUUUAUGAUGCAAACCCCUCUUUAGGGACCCACACAAGUAAUAGAAGGGGGAUGUUUUGCUUUUGACAGAAGUCUCCACUAAGACUCUGUGGAGCCACCAGGGGGCGCGUGUCGCUGUUCCAGCUCUCAUGUUGCUCAAGCUGUGGUGCUCUGGAGGCUGGCCAACCUAUCCGCCCUUGCAUUUCCUGUUAAACAUCUACUGCAGAGAGUCGCUGCGGUGAGACUCGGUCUCUGGGUUGGUCUGAAGGAUUUCUCGUUCUGGCCCCUGUAGCUCCCAGGAAAGCCAUGUGGCUGUACCUGGCAAUCCUCGUGGGCCUGUACUACCUUCUGCGCUGGUACCGGGAGCGACAGGUGGUGAGCCACCUGCGAGACAAGUAUGUCUUCAUCACGGGCUGUGACUCGGGCUUCGGGAACCUGCUGGCCAGGCAGCUGGACCUACGAGGCUUGAGGGUGCUGGCUGCAUGUCUCACAGAAAAGGGGGCUGAGCAGCUGAGGGGCAAGACGUCGGACAGGCUGGAGACGGUGAUCCUGGAUGUCACCAGCACAGAGAGCAUCGCUGCGGCCACCGAGUGGGUGAAGGAGCGCACAGGGGACAGAGGUAUCACACAGGUUUCUCAAAUCUGUUUCUUCUCUCCUGUCAAGGGAAGACCCCUUGCUACCUGGGGUUUUCUAGGACUCGAAAUCCCAUUAGCGCUCUUCACCUCACCAGCAUACUAGCUGAACAUCUUCUCCGUCCACUGCCCUAGUCUCUGAGUUUGGAGCUCUGUAGCUUGGGGAGAGUCCGUGCUGAUGAGAACUCAUCCCUGCAGAAUUCUUGUCUAUGGUUCUGAAUUUCUAGAUGCUGAGUGCCCCUGGGAGAUGAGGGCCACGUUCUGGAGGCGGGUGGAGUAGGGGGCACUAGCCUGAAGCGUAAAUGGG